AUGGCUGACUUUGCGUUCAACUGGCAGGGUGUUGCCUACGAGACUGGAAGACAGAAUCGCCGACAAAACGACGUAGCACACUACUUCGAUCAUCUCUUAAGCACUAAGGGUCGGAGUGACGUUCUCAAGAUGCUAACCCUGAAGCAUUUGGGUGAGCGUUACUGCUCGUACGACGAACUGAAGGAGCCGAACGUCCCCAGGGAGCAUCUAGUGGCAGUUGUUGGAGAGAUUCUCCCACCUAGUAUAUCGUUUCAGAGGCUUCAGAGAGGGCAGACGACUAGUCUUGACGAGAGCGAAUUCCAUCCUGCUCAUCACUCCCACAUCAGAACCAGAACAGAUACCGAAUUUGUCGUCAGCAAGAUCAUUGAUAACAAACCUUCCUUCUAUCGUCUCAUUGGACAAGGCCCUCCGCUCAAAUUCACCCACAGCCUUCCGGACGGCGAUGAGGCUCUGGAUCGUAUUUUCUUCUACAGAGAGUAUGCAAAGGGCAUCAGCACAACUAGCAAACGUGAGAGAAUGUCCAAACUCUUGAAAAACAUCAUUGCCUUCAAUCAAAACUACCUAAGGCGCAAAGACAACAACGACUGGGAAGACGAUAACGACGAUGAUGAAGACAUCAACAACUAUGAUGGCAACAACGAUGAUAAAUACAACAAUAACUAUGAAGACAACGACGACGAUGAAGACCAGCAUCGCUGUUUUUCCCAUCAUGGGCGUUAUUAUCACUCUAUGAACUCUUACUCUAAUCAUCUUGUUGAGAGUGAGACCUCGGAUCAGUUGUCCGAGGAGAGAGAUCAGAUCGUUCACGAUGCACCCCCCAACACAAGCCUGACCAUCUCGCAGCCCGAAGUUAGUAAUGAAACUUUAAGUCUAUUCGAUUGCCUGAUGAAUGGACCUGGCUUCUUGGCUCACGGCGAUACUGCAAAGCUUCUGUCUUACUGCAAGGGGAAGUGGGAACUUAAGACUGAGGAACAGACACUGAUGCUUCUUUCAGUGGGAUUGCGUCAAGGGGCUUUGGCUGGAGUUGCAACUGUGAUCGAUCCAGCUCUGUAUGGACACUUCACGGCCAUAUUCUGCGAACUUCAUGACGAUCCCAGCUCAGGCGGCUUCAACAACCUUUACAGCAAUAUCAGAAGUGCCGUCCGAUUUGCCUCAAUCUGCAGCCGAACUAUGCUUAUUUAA